AUACCUUUGGCAAUUACCUGUCAAACGUGAAUGAAUCGAUUCGCUGGCGGUGGCAAAGUCAAUCCUAUUUUCUUAAAAAACUUCUUUUCCUUCGAGUUCGCUUUUUAUGAAGUCAUCGACCUCAUAAGCGGAAGAAUUCUUCAGAGGUGACUCACUGAUAUUUGGUAAUUCGAUCUUCAGUACAUCGAGCAUUCUCAUCAAAUCGUUGCACGGUUUCCGACGGUAAAAUCAUAGUGCUUCUUAUUGGAAACCAGAUGGAAAACCUAAUUUCUUGCGAUACUUUCGUUGUUUUACCGCCUCAUACUAAAAGAGGGGUAGUUUUUGGAAAAAAUUCUGAUAGACCUAAUGGUGAAGUGCAGGAGGUUGUGUACUAUCCUGCCUCUGAAUCCUCGGAUUCAGUCAAAUGCACUUAUAUUGAAGUAGAAUCAGGUGGGCCUACAAAAGCUAUUAUUGUUAGCAAACCAAAUUGGAUGUGGGGUGCAGAAAUGGGAGCAAAUGAAUGUGGGGUAGCAAUUGGAAAUGAAGCUAUUUGGACUACUGAUAAUGAGGGUGAACAUGAUCCCUCUGUGAAGAGACUUUUGGGAAUGGAUUUAGUAAGGCUGGGAUUAGAAAGAAGUUCUAAUGCUGAUGAAGCUCUUAAUGUAAUAACACAACUUCUUGAAAAAUAUGGACAAGGAGGACCAUGUUCAAAAGAUGAUGAAAGCUUCUGUUAUCAUAAUUCUUUCCUAAUAGCUGAUCCUAAAAGUGCCUGGAUAUUAGAAACUUCUGGAAAACAUUGGGUUGCACAUGAAGUGAAAAGUGGUUUUCAUAAUAUUUCUAAUGUGAUAUCUAUUACUACUAACAUAGAUAAAAAGUCUGAAGGUAUUGAAGAGUACGCCAAAUCAAAAGGUUUGUGGGAUGGACAGGGAGAAUUCAACUUUUGUGAAGCUUUUAGUGGCGAAAAAAAACCUGGUGAUGCAAGAUACCUUGCGGGAAAGAAACUCCUAGAAAGAUUGACCGAAUCUAACAACUUUAAAGAAGUAGAUAUGUUUAAGGUGUUACGUGAUAAAACUUCUGAGAUUUGUAGACCUUGUACAUCUCCAUUUCCUACUCAAGGAAGUCAGGUUUCUAUUCUGGACACUAAUAUUAGUGUCCACUGGUUUACAGCAACACCAGAUGCAUCUAAUUCUGUGUUUAAGCCAUUUGUUUUUACUCCUAAUGUAAAAAUAUCCAAACACACUGUAUGUCCAGAAAAUGAUAAAAUGGCACCACAUACUCUGUAUUCUUUACAUUCGGAAGCUUUCAAAAAAGGCACUGAUGUAAAAGAACUGUUGAGGACUAUGGAAGCCAAUUGUGUGAAUGAGCUGGAGUCAGUUUUACAAAAUGUUAAAGAAGACUUAUCUGAAUUAGAUGAACUUCUGAAAGAUUGUGUUGAAACAGAAGUCAAAUUCUACCGUUAAUUCAAAAGUAAAUAUUUCCAUUGAGGAAAGAAGAAUGGAGCACUUUGGUUGUUAUUUUUGUUACAUUUAUGCUUAGAAUAUACCAAUUCAAAUAUAAUUUUCAAUUAUAAAAUUUGAACUACAUUGGAGAAUGUAGCUUGAUAAAUAGCUUAACUUUAUUAAUUCUUCUAAUAUAGAUAAAAUUCGAGCUGAAUAGAUUAUUUGGGAAAAUAUUUUAUUUCAUUAUUACCGAAUGUAUUUGUUUGAAUCAUGUGAGGAGAAUUGAUGAUUUUAAAAUCUUUUUAUUUGUUAUGAAUUAUUUUCUGUAUGAAUCGGUUUUUAUUCAGUGUUGUUACUGUUUUGACUGAAUUAUUUUUGGGGUGUUUUAGGUUGAUGUAUAAAUUUGAUAUUCACAAUUUACUCAACAGUCCCCCAUACUGAAUAUCUAAUAAGAAAAUGUAGAGAGCACAAUUUUUUCCUAGAAGCAAACAUUUUUAUCUUUACCUUUUGUUCACCCAAAAUUUACUUUCCAAGUGAAAAUAUUAGGAAAUUAACGAGCUCAAGUUGAUGCAAUUGGAAAAGCUCAACCGGUACACUAUACUUGAGAUUAGACUCUUCUUAUUCAGAUUAUUCUGAAAAUUAUAUGUAGUCUUUAUAUUAUAUUAAUUUUUUUAUGAAAAAUGAUCAUUCUUGAGAUGAUUUCAUUUCUUUCAUUUUUAUUGUGAUUUGGUUGAGGUUGUUUGAUUUGACCAUAUUUAGUUUAGUGUUUACUGUAAUUGUGAUAUUUUUAAAUCAUAUUUUUAUUUUUGAUAUGAUGCAUGAUUUGAAUUUUAUUUAUUUUAUUAGUUGAGAGAUGAUUAUUGAGGCAUGUUCCUUAUUUUGGUUACUAUAUAUACGAGAGAAAAAUAUGAGAUAUUGUAUGCACAUCAAUAUAAUAUAUAACUAUAAUUUAAAGAUCCAUAUACAUUCAAGCUUUAUUUUUUAAAUUGCAAUACUUCUGGAUGAAAUGGAAUUUUGAUCAGUCUUAAUCACAUAAUCUAGACUAAUUGAAAAUCUAAUAAAGUAAAUUAGCUUGUUUUGUCUAUUAUGGCAUGAAUAAAAAUGAUGAAGUAAUUAAA